AGAAAAUCCACGGGAGUUAGUAUAGGUCUCGAUCGCGAUGUGGUUGCGUGCUUCCAACGUCUUCUCACCACACGGCAGUGUUUGCAAUGAAAAAUAACAUCAAAUUGUGAUCUUUGCGCAAAGAAUGGUCCAAUGGCUCUGAAAAAUCAAUUGAUCAGUGGAUGAUCGCGUAAAAUUAGUAAAAUUUUUUGCAUAAGAUCAGUGAUCCUCGUUGUGAAAGAUUCCCCAAGAAGUGCUAAAGCAGGAGAAUUCAGUGCCAAAAGGGCAUUGAUCAGAUGUGAAAAGGUGUGAGUGAUCGCAAUGAGAAAGAUUUUUAUCAAUUCAAUGGUUUUCUUCUCAAAUUGCGAAGAAAGAAAGAAUAAAUAAAGAAAUAAAGUUGAAUGAAAAACAGUGAUCUUGACUUAAAUUGUGCAAAAAAAAAAGCUAAUUCUUUCAGACUCUAUUUCACCACUGAUGUGAAUUUAAACUUCAAUAAUUAUCAUUUUCAUACACUAUGCUAAUCAGCACCUUGUGAAUGUAUUUUCUUCUCUCUCACCUCAUGCUGUGCGAUCUCUUCGGCAUUUUGCAAUUAUUUUCUUCAUGCAUGUUUGUGUAAAGAAAAUAAGAAAAAAAACAACAGAGGAGAAAGAAAAUAAGAAACUUCGUCUUAGCAAAAGAGUGUUUUUGUGCUUUUCUUCCCCAUCAAUGUGGUAGAUGAACCAAUUCAAUCAUCAACAAAAUUGAGGAUCAAACACCCCAGAAAAAAAGAGUCCCAUCACACAUGAGAAAUUGAAAGUGUUCGUGCUUGUGCAACGGCCAUAAUACGCGGAUAUUUUGCAAACGAGUCAAGAAUUAAAAAAAUAAAAGAGCUGCGUGAAAAAAGAGCUUUGUGAUUGCGCAUUGGAGCCAUGGAAUAUGUAACAGUGGUAUCGGUGGACAAUGGAGCCACACCGGGUGAUUGCACCGUGAGUUGUGGUGACCAAAUGGGGGUUUUGGCUGAGUCAAAGUCUCCAGAUUCGCAAUUUAUAACAGUUCUGGCAAUUGGAGAUUCUGCGCCGGGUGCUGGUCAGGUGGUUGAGCAUGUUGUGGUGUACCGGCUACCGGGUGAACGAUUGGGGUUUGGGCUGAAAUUCCAGGGUGGCACGAAGAGCAAUGAGAAGAUUCAGCGACUCUUCAUUCAAUCCUGCGCCCCUGAUAGCCCAGCAUCGCGUGCCACAGCUUCCUGGGGCUUCCUGCGGGAAGGGGAUGAAAUUCUCGAAAUUGAUGGGGUUUCCGUGACCCGAAUGACACGCAUUGAGUGCGUGAGAUGCCUCAAGGAGAGCAAUGUGGCCAUUAAGCUUGUUGUCCGUAACGGUGAGGGGCGUCCAGCUGAUGUUGUGGACACCCAUAGUGAGGGAAGGACAAACACACGACCCCCAAAACCACCCCCAGUACCUCCCAGGAAGCUAAGUAAACGUCGUGUGGAGCCCACAGAACAACCGCCCGCGACACAGUCAACAAGGGAACAACAGAGGCACUCCCUGAGGGCGGAAAAUGGUUUCACACCACCACCGGAUGCCGAAUUCUACCUCAAUCUCUUCUCCGAGGAGAAUGACAGCAAUUUCCGCGGAUCAGAGUCCGAUGACACGGGCAGCACCAUCUCCACCGUGAUUGACAAGUACAAGGAUGUGGAUCAGAUCUCUGUGAAUUCCAGCAAAUCCGUCGAAUUGGCAAAGGUGCUGAAGCCAUUUCAGCUCCUCGAGAAGGAAUUCAACGUGGAAAAUACGGGAAAGCUCGAGGAGUGUUUGCUGAGGUUGCAGCCACCAGUUAAUUUUCAGGAUGAGCAGGUGAUAAUUGUUCAGGACGAACAAAAGGUGCGAAUUGUGAAUGAAAGCCCUCCUCAGGGUGAACCAACGAGGGUUAAGGUGGACGGACCAAUUGCCCAGCCGGAGAGUGACUACGAAAAUGUUACUUUCGUGGCCACACAGAGGCGCUCUGAGGCACAAAAGUACGAAAAUGUUGCUGUGGAGCCCCUUCCGCCGAAGCCUCUGCCACGGCUGAUGGUGGAACCGAAAGUGAGGACUAUUGUGCCAACUGUACGCCCCAGGGAGGCAGCACCCAAAACACCCCCUGAGAGCCCCCAAAUGGAGUACACGACGAUCGAAAGUUGGCUCCAGGGUACGCACGAUGGGGCACGGGAGUCGCAUCCCGUGAAGCAGUGCAUAAAGGUCACAGCCACGGAGGAUGACGAUGGGUAUGGGGAGAGUUCGAGUGAUGAGGAUGUGGAGAAGGUGUACGAGCCAAUUCUCAUGGAGAAACGUGACUCAUCCGACGGGGAGGAGGGCGAAAAGCUCGGGCCGCCGGAGCUUCUAGCCGGCCCUGGGCCCUCAGAGGCGUACUUCAACUUCCACUGGAGCAGCCCCCUGAUGUUGCCCACAAUUGGGGAAGUUGAGGAGGAGCUUUCGUCUCUUGAGCCACAAUCUGGACCCACGGUGGUCAUCAAUGGUGGUGAGGAAGUUUCGAGUGCAUCGCCCCAGGCGGGAUUGACUGAGGUGAGCCAAAAAAUGGACGCAGAAGUGGAUGGUAGAGCCGAAAGCGAUAACGUGACCGAGGCAUUGGUGAGAGAUUCAGAUGCCGUGCGGCGCGAUUACGUGGCGAAUGGCAGUGAUAAGGGGACAACUGUGGAUGCCCCAUCUCCGGGACGCGCAGCCGGGGCAGUGAUGCGUGAGGAGCCACCAUCUGAGUCUUGUGCGAUCAGUGUGCCGUCAGACGUUGCCGCAUGUGGUGAUAGUGCGAUGGAAGUGACCAAGAUUGAGAGGAUUAUUCUCGGUACGGAGCACGGGUGCGGUGGUACGGUGGUGGAUUCUACCGCGGAUUGCGGUAUCGCGAGUGAGAUCAGGAAUACAAAUGCAGACGAGGGCACACCCGAGGCCCAGCAAGUGACCAAAACUGCCCAGCAAGAUACUCAAGACAUGGAGAGAUCUGCUCUUGUGAAUAAUUGUACAACAUUGUCGACACAUUUAUCACCACCACCCACAUUCAGCCGCCUGCCGCCCGAUGGUCACGAAUUCCCGCCAAAUUUCAGUGAUACGGAACCCACGACACACCAGACACAGUCCGGGAAGUCUCCAGUGAAAUCAUUCCUCGAGGAGGCACCACCACUGCCUAAAUCAGUGCCACCUCCACUUGUCCCGCCACGACCUCAGGCACGUCCGGAGUUGUUGCUGAAGAUGGACGUGGAACGACCACAGAAUGGGGGUUCCCUCGUUGAGAUGCGCAAAAAGUCCAUUGAGAGCAGUGAUGCAGUGCAGCCACCGGCCCGGAGUAAGAGUAGCGACAAUGGGAUCCGGAAGAGUUCCCUGAAUUCCAUGUGGCGCAAAGAUGAGCGCUCGGAGAAGAGUGUGAAGGAUAAGAUAGCAAUGUUCUCGAAUCCCGAUUCCGGGCAAAUUGUUGGGGAUUUGGGUAGCAGGAAGAGCUUCAACCGGAGCACGGAGGAUUUACUCGAUAAGUGUGAUUCGGCCAAUCCACGGCGAUUGGCACGUGGGGAGAGUCUCACGAAGAAGGCGCGUAGUGUGGAGAAUCUCGAUGUUGAUGAUGUUCCUAGUGUGGAGCUGAGACCAAAGGUGACGACGGUGCAUCAGGUGGAAGUUCUGCCAAAUUACUCCUCCCUGCCGCGUCGGAAUGGCAGCAGUCUGGCAGGAGUUGGGCAGCUAACGCGCACAAUUAGCUUCUCUGGAUAUGGCAGCAGUACUUCCAUAGAAGAUCGUCGGCGGAAUUCAAUAACAAACAUGCUGGAGACACGAAAGAAGUCCAUGUCCAAAUUGAGGGGACUCGUCAUUCCGGAGCGUGUGGCGCCGGAACCUGUUCUGCUGGAUUUGCCUGAAAUCAAGAGUGCCGACCUGCAGAAGGUGGCCGGCUCGCGAUUCUCCAUGCCGGACGUGUCCACGGCUCCGGCACGUUUGCAAAUUGAGCGGAAGAUUAAGAUGACCCUACCGACUCCACCGACCAUUGAAUCGCGCUACAAGAGCAUCUUUGAGGGAACACGACGUCCCCUGGCCACAACUUUGAGUCGCCCUCUGGUGGCAACAAAUGGGCACGAGGACAUCACCACGACGAAGGUGAUGAUGCCUCCCCCGGUGACACCACCUGUAAAGCCUCCACGCACAUCACUAAUCACCCCAACGACGACAAAGUGCCCACAGACAGAUGAGAGUGAAGACAGUGAUUCCGUGGUGAGUUCACGAAUAUCCACACCUGUGGGAUCACCUGUUGUGGCACACAAUGGUGCCGAAAAGAUGCCCCUCACACGCACCCUCAGCUCCGAGACAAACACCUCCAUUGCCAGCUCAACAACAUCAACCUUAACUUCCGGAUCGGGCUCCCAGGCGAGCUGCAGCUCCCUCGGAUCCACCCAAACGGUUGACAUGAAGAGGCGCGUUGUGAAAUCCUCAUCGAAUGAGAGUGGAAUCAAUCGGAAGAGUAUCCUGGCAUCGGCAAAGAGUCGCAGUGGACGUGGGGAUGAUCACGCAGCAAGAUCAGCUCGAUAUGAGGACGAAGACAGCACUGAUGGAUACGAUGAAGAUGAGAUUAAGCGACCUAAACCGAAGAUUAGGAACUCCUUGGCAAGUACUAAAGCUGCCCAACCUGAUCUGGUGAACUACAAACUCGUGGAUUCACACGAUGUGCCCAGUAUUGUGGAUCGUGUGAUAAAUGUGGCAACUUUUGUGGAAGUUGUCUCGGAUUCGGAGGAAGUUUCAGCAACAAAAGUCGAUUCCGGGAAAAUUGUGGUUGAAGCUGAAAAGGCAGCUGGUGGUGCUUCCUUGGAUCCAAUUCGACGGAUUAAUCACUCAUCGUCGGAUGAAUUAUCCGAUGGGAAUGAGAUGAAUGAAGUGGCCAAGUGGGUACGGAAGGAAGCAGCCAAGACGACAACAAUUGAGGAGCCACUGCCGGUGAAGAACCCCGUAGAGGUGUCACGACGGAAGGAGGAGAAGGUGGAAGAGGUGGUGCCCAUGAGGACACUCCCGCGGAGUCUUAGUGAGCAAACAAAACUCUCAACGGCUGAAAUUCGACGACAAUUUGAGAGCAAAAGCACCGGAAAUUCCUUUGUGCCAUCACCAACACGACAAGCUGGGGCACCACCGACGACGCCAAAGGAGAAGAUAAGCAACUACCACGAUCGUUUCUCCUCGUGGGAAUCUGUUGCGUCAAAUUCCUCAUCAGGAGUCUCCUCGAUGCCAGCUCGGAGUAUUCAGAGCAAUGGGAGUGAAACAAUGCAGAGUACCCCAACGGAUUUUGGGAGUUUCUCCUCACUCGGCAGCAGUCACAGCUUGAUCACAGCGCAAGAUUUGCAAUUUAUCAUCGAAGAAGCCGAUCCACCACUUCAGACGCACGAAGCCUUCGUCGUGGUGCUUCAGCGGGACUCUCCGGAGUGCAGCAUCGGGAUCACCCUGGCCGGUGGAGCGGACUACGAAGCAAAGGAAAUUACGGUGCACAAGAUUCUGGCCAAUUCCCCGGCAGAUAAAGAUGGGAGACUGAAGAAAGGUGACAGAAUUCUCGCAAUUAAUGGGCUCAGUAUGCGUGGACUGACGCAUCGGGAAUCAGUAACGGUGCUCAAGACUCCUCGUCCAGAGGUCGUUGUUGUCGUCACGAGGUCACCCAGUGUUACAGCAUCAACACUCACAAAGACCAAGAGAUCCUCUCUUGGCUCCCUGACGUCACUUACGGAGAAAGAAGCGCCAGAAGUCAGUGAGACGAAGCUCAAAAGUUUCCACAAAGCAUCACGAUCCCUCGAUCUGGACAUCAUGAUGAAUGAAGAUGUCGCCACCUCCAGGGAGUCCUUGAAGGAAGAAAAUGGCCUAAAGAGCCCCCCUAAGAAGUCUACUGGAAUUUUAGCUACAAAGUUGUCUAAUGGAGAUGCAGAUGUGAAUGCUCCGUCUUCCUUCGUGAAGCUGCGCAAUCUGCCAAAGGGGGCACGUGAAGUGGAGGUGGUGAAGGAUUCCUGUGGUCUUGGCUUCUCCAUUGAAGGUGGCUACGAUUCCCCAUUGGGUAAUCGUCCACUCCUCGUGAAGAAGGUCUUUAUGGGCGGUGCUGCCGAAAAGAGCGGCAAAGUAAAGAAUGGCAGUGAAAUUGUUGGCAUCAAUGGCUACGCAAUGGCCACCGUGAGCCGUGUAGAUGCAUGGAGUUACAUGAAGAGACUGCCAGCUGGACCAGUGAAGAUUGUCCUUCUUUAGUCAUUCCAGCAGAGAGCAGCAGCGCCCUCUAUCUCCGCGAUAUUUUAUGUGCAAUUCAAAUAAACUUUCCGCCGCAUUUAUCAAUGCGCACGAAGAAAAAGCGAAAAGGAAAUAAUUAAGUGAUUAAAUUUAUCACAUUUUUCGAGAAAAUGUGAAUUUUUCAUUUUUCAACGUAAAAAAAUUAUUUCUUACCCAUAUUUUUACAUUAAUGUUAUUACAAAUUAAAAAAAAGGGAAAUAAGUUAGAGCGAUUCUGUGGCUCGGGGUUUGUUUAAUGCGAACUCUUAAAUGGAAUAAACAUCCCCGUGAGCUGAAGAGAAGAUUGCCAUAAGAAAUAACCUUUUUCCUGCACUUCUGCUGCCUUGAAGUAAAAAAAAAAAAAGUUUUCAUAAAGUUUUUCUCAAAAGUUUCGUUAUGUUCGUUGUGAAGAUCUUGCCUCUUUGUUGAUUUUGUUGUUGUUUUUUGGUUUAUUGAUAUUUUGGAUAAAAGAUUUAAAAGAAAAAAUGGAAGAAAAUCAUGCAGAAGUGCAUUUUGUGGUACUUAAGGCGCAAAAGAGCGCGUUUUAAAGGGGGUUUAGCACCCCAUCAGCUAAUAUUAUUUUGUACUCUCAACUUUAUUAAUGAACUUUAUUAUAUUUUGAUGGAAUUUUAAACAAGUAGAAUUUGCAAAACUAUUUUUAUAAUCAAAUUCCAAUGCUUUGUAAAUAAUAAGAAAAAUAUUCAAUGAAGAAUAAAAUGAGAUGAAAGUUCCAAAAAAA